CUCUCUCUCUCUCUCUCUCUCUCUCCUUCUCUCUCUCCUCUCUCUAAAAUGGCCAUGAACGCAAAGAUGUUAGGAAGUGGCAAACAAACCCUAGUCCUUGCUCAUGGAUACGGGGGUAGCCAAGCUUCAUGGGACAACAUAGUCCCUACCUUAAUAAAAAAUUACAAAGUCCUUCUCUUUGAUUGGUGCUUCUCUGGUGCCAUAAUUAAUGACGAUGAUGAGAGAGUGGCAUUUGAUGCGGAGAAAUAUUCAUCUUAUAAUGGAUUUGCUGAUGAUCUUAUAACUUUGAUUGAUGAGAUGAAUGUGAAUGAUGUUGUUUAUGUUGGUCACUCUAUGGCCGGGAUGAUUGGAUGCGUUGCGUCCGUUAAGAGGCCAGACCUCUUCAGUAGGCUUGUGCUUGUAGGUGCUUCUCCAAGGUACAUAAACGCAGAAGGCUACGAAGGAGGAUUCGACCAGCCAACGAUCGACACAAUGCUCUUUAGCGCAGAAUCCAACUUCAACAAAUGGGCCGAAGACUUCAUCCCUCUCAUCCUCGGUUCCAACGAGCCCACCUCCAGCAAAACAUACUCCGAAGAUUUCAAGCGGAUGAGGCCUAGCAUCGCAUUAUCCGUGGCCCAAACCGUAUUCCUCAGCGACCACAGGGACGUGCUCGAGCACGUGCACGUCCCGUGCACCGUGGUCCAGGCGACCCACGACGCGGUGGUGCCGAUAUCGGUCGGGUAUUACAUUCAGAGUAAAUUAAGAGGGAAGGUGAGUUUGGAGAUUGUGCAAAUGGAUGGACAUUGUCCUCAGUUUACCGUGCCUGAGAAACUCAUUGAUGUGCUUGAGAGAAGCCUGAAUUAGGGGGUGAUUUUGUUGAUAAUGGGCUUGGGUUCGGAUUGGAUUGCGUCAGUUGUGAGAUUUUACGGGGUGGUAGAUUCUAGUUGUAGGGAGAUACUGCUGUGUUGUUCUUUUUUUUUUUCUUUCUUUUCCCACCUCUCUCUUUCCGGAUCGCUCCCCUUUUUUGCAAGCCAAUGUUGUGUUUUACAGGAGUUUAUGUUUAUUGUUGUAAUCUGAACUAGUUUCAACCCGUGUGAUGCAUGGAUUUAUUAAGCACGGAGCUAGUAAGUUUCCUAAAAU